CCUUGACAUAAACAACAAUGGCGGAAAGGAAGCAGCACGUAAACUAUGGUGGUAUUCCUGAAGAUGCCAUGCGCUUUAUGCUAGCCGGAAUCUCCAUGAUGACUGCAGGUGGAGUCACAAAUCCAAUUGAUGUAAUAAAGAUCCGCAUGCAGCUGGAUAAUGAACUCUCUGGACACAAGAAAAAGAAUGUGUUCCAUAAUAGAUAUUACAAAGGCUUUGUAAGAGGAACUUUCACCAUAGUUAGAGAAGAAGGCCCGAGGGGACUUAUGAAAGGUGUGUUUCCUUCAGUAUUACGUGAGGGCAUCUACAGCACAAUACGCCUUGGAGCCUAUGAGCCAAUCAAACGUAUGUUUGGAGCCACCGACCCGGCCCAUACUCCUCUAUGGAAAAAGAUAUGUGCUGGAGGAAUCUCAGGUGCAAUUGGGAGUAGUAUAGCCACACCCACUGACUUGGUGAAGGUCAGACUGCAAGCUGAAGGUAACCUACCCCAAGGUCAGACUCCAAGGUAUACGGGAACUUUUGAUGCAUUCCGCCAAAUCAUAAAAUACGAAGGUAUACGUGGACUAUAUGUUGGCGUAGGUCCCACAGUACAGAGAGCAGCCAUCCUUACAGCCACACAGAUACCAGCAUAUGACCAUAUAAAGCAUUCAAUACUGAACCAUGAGUUGAUGUCAGAAGGAACGCAACUACAUUUUAUUACAUCAUUUAUGGCAGGAUUUGUGACAGCAUGUACUACUUCUCCAGUUGAUGUCAUUAAAACUCGCAUUAUGAAUCAAAAAGGCAAAGCUAAAUACUCUAGUACAGUACAUUGCCUCAUAAAGACAAUUCAAGCAGAGGGCCCCUUAGGACUAUACAAGGGCUUCAUACCCAACUGGAUGAGGAUAGGGCCUCAUACUGUCGUGUCUUUUCUCAUAUUUGAACAGCUCAGGAAAUUAGUGGGAAUGGACCCUGUUUAA